UGAAAAUGAUAUAAAAAUUGUGUGAAAACCCGAGUACUUUUUGAGACAUGGGCGCAGCCAUAUUUAAAGACGAGAUUUCCGGUUCCGGUUUGCCAUAGCAACGUUUACACACAGCAGUGGGGAAAGAUGGCAGAGCCAACAACAGUUUCUGAGGAUACUCCAAGAGAGGGAGAUGAUGGUUCAGCUGACGAUGCUAAAAGUCAGAAAAGUGGACCAAAAAGUCAGACAGGGUCUAAACCAGUCUCUAGAGCAGGGUCUGCCCAGUCAAAGAAGAGUGGCAAAAGUGUUGGUGGAGAUAAGAAGGCGAGUGGUCCGCCAUCACCGACUGGCUCUGCUAAAGACAAUCCAGCAGCAGAUUGGAGAAACAUGCGUCGGAUCAUAGCUGAAGAUCCAGAAUGGUCAUUGGCUACAGUUCCACUACUCGUAGAAAUUACACUAAAAAAUAUCAUUGAAGAUUUUGAAAAUAAUUCUUCAAUCUUGAACAGCCUGCUUGCAAAACAUAAAACCAGAGUGCUAGAGAAAAUAUCUACAAACAUCCCACUGAAAAUCACUGCCAACUUGGUGGAGGAUGAGGGAUACUGGAAACGUUGCUGCAAGGCACGCUGGGAUAUCUGUGAUGUUGCUGCAUUUGGUGCUAGUUGGAAGCGAAUGUACUUUGAGAGAAAUCUUCAAGAAAUUAUUGAACAGUUUGUACCAGAAACAACAGAUCCAACAUGUCUCAAUGAGACCUUACCACUUUCAGCUAAUUAUGUUAAGAAAAUAGACAUCCGUCAGUUACUGCCUCCAGUAAGGGAAGCCCCUAAGGGCCCAGACUUUGAUGAUGCCUCAGAUGCUGGCAGUGAUGCUGGGGAUGAACCAGAAUGUGAUCAUUUCAACUUUGGCCCUGUUUUGAAACAGCUUCCUAAUCUGGAAGAAUUGCAUCUAACCUAUGGUGUGAAAGACUGUGGUAUGAAUUUUGAGUGGACACUUUUUCAAUUCACAGCCAGGGACUGUUUACAACUAGCCCAGUGUGUGGCUGCAUGCAAAACUCUCAAAGUGUUUAGACUUCACAGAAGUAAGGUAGAUGAUGAUAAAGUUAGAGUAUUAAUAAGUCACAUACUAGACCAUCCAGGUCUAAUAGAGCUCGACCUGUCCCACAAUUGUAUAGCCGACCGUGGAGCUCGUGCAGUGGGCAAGUUCCUCAAUAACCACAGCCAGCUUGUGAAACUGAACUUGUGUGACAACCAGAUCAGGUCAACAGGUGCACAAGCUAUUGCUCAUGCCCUGACAAAGAAUACCACGCUUCUUCAUUUGAAUCUGAGAUUGAACCGGCUUGGUGAUGAAGGUGGUCAGGCUAUCGGCAGAGCCUUGUUGAAGAACUCUACAUUGAGAGAGAUCAAUCUUGGCAGUAACGAGCUGGCAGAACCCACCGCAGCCAUACUGUCCCAGGUGGUGAUUCAGAACAUGACUAUAAAGUCUAUAGAUCUAUGCUGUAACAGACUUGGACCUGAUGGAGGUAAACAGUUACAGGAAGGCAUGGAGGAGAACUCGACCAUCACCACCAUGGACCUUCGCCUCACAGAGUGCGGUCAGGAAUCUGAGUACUGUAUCAACCAGCGCUUACACUCCAACCAGGAAAAGGAACGUGAGAGCCAGAUGAAAGAUCAACCCAUUGUAUCAAAGAAGAUUCAGCCACAAGCUGCACACAGAUUUAAGCCUAAACCGUCACAGAAGGCAUAGACUUGCAUUUCACACUGACUGAUUCCUGAAGAAAAUUGAAAUAUUGAUUUUUAUUUGAAAUAAUUUUAUAAACAUGAACAAUUUUAUGCAUUAUAGAUAAUAUUGUGCUUACUAUGGCAUUAUUCUGAUGUUCAAAGCCAAAGUAAACAAUUGUCUUAUAAACUUAUAGACCCAUUAGUUUGUUCAAUUGUUAAGUGUUUGUUAAGCAUUUUGUGAUAAAAUCAUGUUAAACUGUGCUUGAUUCUUGGAAUCUGCAAAGACUGUGAUUGAUUCCUGCUGCACAUUUGUUUUUUCAACUACUCAGAAGAUGUAAUAUCAUAUAAACUAUCAUUUACAAGAACAUUAUGCUCUCUGACCAGUGGCUUUUUGCUUUCAAACUUUGUCCAGUUGCUUGAUAUUCGGAUUUCUAGUGUUGUGCAAGAACAGGCCACCAACAACAUUAUGUUUUUCUUUGUUGAUAGAAACUAUGUAGAAUUUUUAAGAUUUUCAUUCAGUUAGAAAAUAUCAUGUGUUCUGAAUUGUGUGUCUUAUAGGGAUUUACAGGUAAAAUUGUGGACAAAAAAAAUAAAAUCUUUUAAAUCAUUGUGGAAACAACAUUUCUCUUAGGCAUUCUCACUGUGGCAUGAAUAAAAACUAAUUUCAUAGGAAUCUAGUUGUGGAAAAACUGAUUAAUAUGUGUAAAAUCUAAGGAUUCUUGACAUUGUGUAUGUCCCAAAUGAAACAUUUCAUGACACUUGCAAUAAUAGAGAUUUACUGUGCAAAGUAAUGCAAGAGUUACAUAUAUCAAUGCUUUGAAGAAAUAUUUAUAACUUUAUUAUGUAAGGAGAAGCUAAAUUUUGUCCUUGCAUAUAUGCAGAUGUGAUGUGUCUUUAUUUACAAAAACACUGUUACCAAAUAAAGCAUGUUUCAUUGUAA